CCUUGAAUCAAUUUUCUGUCACGGACGUCGGAAGAUUGCAGUAAAUGUAUAUUUCAAAAUUUCCUAGAAGGCCUAAUGAUACAUUGUUCUUGACCCCUCCAUCAAAAAUCCAAUGUGAUAUUACGUUCGAGAAUUUUAAUUCUCUACCCGAGGGGCUCUGUAAUUGUAAUCUACUCCCCAGUUUUGAUACGAGGAAUCUUCGAGUGCAAAAAACUAAAUUAACACUCUCCGAAUUCGCAUACGUGACAUUUCUGAUCUACGGUUCUCUUCAAACUUGGUCUUUUUUUCAUACGAGUGUAUUUCAUAUUUUCCUUGUCUUCAAUGCCUACUUUUUCCUUGAGUGUUUUCUUUCAUCCAAUUCUUCAUAUUCGUAUCCCAUGCACACGUGUAGUAAGUUCUUUUUAUGUCUUCUUCGAGUGAAUGUGGGUACUUUGUGCGGGGCUAAUAACCAAUAACUAUAUCUCUUACCCGCGUAUGUAUAGGUACAAGUUGUCUCUAUGCGAAACUGUGAACAGAUUUUCAGUGUAGUGAAGCACUCUUAAGUGUAGCAUUUAAUUAAUCUAAAUUAGUUAUCAAUCCCGAUUGACCUUAAAGUUAAAAAAGAGCAAAAAAGAAAAAUUAAAACUGAACGGUGAUAGCUGAUACACACAUAAAAGCAAGAAUACACCCAUACAUAUGCUCUAAUGAAACUUUCUAACAGUAUCGUCUGUAGCUCUACACAGUCAACAAUUGUUCAGAAAUUUUAAGUGAAUGUUUUUACUUUACAUGUCAAUGCUAUGACGUAGAUAAGUACAUUAGAGUUUGGUAAACCGUGUCAAGUUGUGUAGCAAGAAGAAAGUAUAUAGAUACGAGUCCUGAAAUAAUCAUGACGAUAAAACUAAUUGUACAGUAUGGAACCGUCUUCCUGAUGCUUUGUGUUCUAUGUGAGAAUUUGUUUUGCAAAAUUGUUGAAAUAAACACGAAAAGUGGAAAAAUUCUUGGAACUACUGUGAGGGCAAGAGAUGGAAGGUGUAUUAGAUGCUUUAGAGGCAUACCAUAUGCUCAACCGCCUGUUGGUGAUCUACGAUUCAAGGCUCCAGUCCCUGUUAACAAUUCGUAUGUAAUUUUGAAUGCAACAGCGGAUGCUCCACCAUGCCCACAGAUAAAUCCGAGCACUCAAAUGGUUAUAGGCGAAGAAAAUUGCCUGUACUUGAAUGUCUACACUCCUCAAAUUCCGGUGUUGCGAGGGUGUAAAAAGAAACUUCCCGUUCUAUUUUUCGUUCACGGCGGUCGAUGGCUGGUAGGAUCCAGCAACAGCCACGUUUAUGGUCCAGAAUUUCUCCUUGCAGAAGAUAUCGUGUUGGUGACCAUCAAUUUCCGGCUUGGAGUUUUCGGUUUUCUUUCUUCAGGCGACGAUGUUGCGGCGGGGAGCUGGGGUUUGAAAGAUCAAGUUUUGGCUCUGAAGUGGGUGCAAGAUAAUAUAGAAAUCUUUGGCGGGGAUCCAUAUAGAGUUACAAUUAUGGGUGAAAGUAAAGGUGGUGCGGCUGUUAACUCUAUGUUUUACGCACCAUCUGCUAAAGGUCUAUUCAAACGAUGUGUAUCUUUAAGCGGUGUCGUUCAGAAUCCGUACUCAUUUGCGCCUUUAGUAAAUAUAUCCACUCCUUCAAAGAAACUUGCUGAGUUGGUUGAGUGUCCGACGGAGCCAUCAGAGUCUUUAGUGGAUUGCAUGAGAAAUGUGGACUUCCGAAGGCUCAUUCAACUCGAGUCACAAGUCUAUCCGAAUGACAUUGAGAAACCAACGACCGGCACUUUAUGGGCACCUACUGUUGAGCCGAAAUCUUCUCCGAGCCCUUUUCUGACAAUCGAUCCGAAACUUGCAACUUUUAGACCAAAUUACCCGUGGCUGAAUAUUAUUAACGCUGCAGACGGUGGGGUGUAUGUGGCAUAUAUAUUUGGUGAGCCUGAUCUGGAAAAUUUACUGGCGGAAAACCCAAAAUUGGUUCUACCGGUUCUUCUAUCACUUGAUUUGGAGUUCUGUGCCGAUGACAUCCCGGAAAUAGUAAACCGAAUUCUAAGAUUUUAUUUUGGGGACCUUCCUGUUGGUAGAAGCACUGAAUCGCAACUGGUGAACUUAUUUUCAGACUAUUUUUUCUUCACGGGAGUUGAAAAUGCGUCCUUGAAUUAUGGUGGGGAAGUGAGUGUGUAUAGGUACACUUAUAUCCAGUCUGUAACGUUCAACUCGUUGCGAGGUGAUGGAAGUCUCAAAGCGGCACCGACUCACAGUGAUGUGCUCUUGAACUUCUUUCCUGACCUCAAGAAUUUUCCAAACAGAACAUACACGGCAAAAGACGUGGAAGUCUCAAAGCUGAUGGUCGAAGCUUUGGUUUCAUUCAUAGAAGAUGGGAAUCCGACAAAAUUUUCAUCCAUCAAAUGGAGCCCAAGUGACCUGAAGGAAAACGAAAUUUACCAGAAGGCUGAACCGUUUUUGCAAGAACAAUGCAUUUCUGAACGGCUUAAAUUUUGGAGCACGAUAAGAGCAGAAUUUAGAACCAAAACUUUGACAGAUUCACAAGUUUGCUAAUGUCUCGAAUGACAUCGACUGCAUCCCCUCGAUCACCAAGAAACAAUAAAAAACCUAAGUUUGAAAAAUA